AUGGCUGAAUAUAUUUCUCUAUCUGAUAUCCUUGCUGUUGCCAAGGUCCAUCCGUUUUACUCAGACAAAAAGUUUCCUCCCACGCGAGAGGACCUUCUUCAAAUUCUAGCAGCCUCUAAGGAUAAUAAAAAUGUUAUGGAUUUGAAAUCAUUCCCCUUGAAAAGAAAAAAUGCACUAUAUCAGGAGAUUGCACGACUCACAGUCGACACAGACCCCCGCAAUGGCUAUCGACGAAGUACAUAUAUCAGCACAACAGGCGGCGGCUCCGGAGGGCCUCCUAUGGUAUUUGCCACGGACUCGGAGGAAAAUCGCCGACAACGGGCCACGAUCGGAUCGCUGAUGCGGAAUUGUGGAGUGAUUGAGCCUGGGGACUGGGUGCUGACCAUGCAUGUUUCGGGCAAUUUUUACCGAGCACUGGACCUAAUGACUGAGCUUUUCGAACAAGCCGGGGCCUCAGUCCUAUGUGCUGGGCCGGAAAUGUCACAUCAAGAUGUCGUGGACGCGAUUAGUUAUUAUCAGGUUAAUAUCGUGACCGGUGAUGCUGGUCAAUUAGUCCAACUUGCAAAGUACGCCACAACACUUACCGAAACUCAAAGGAACUCGAUACAUUUGACAAAAGUCCUCUAUACAUCGGAACCAAUGACACCCGCGCAACGGAGAUUCGUCAUGUCUGUCUUUGGCGAUAUUGACAUCUGCUCCGUCAUUGGUAGUGCGGAAGCAGGACCAUGGGCGAUUUCUAGCUCGUCGUUAAUGGGACACACUGCUGAAAACCACGCUGAUUUUAUUUUUGACAUCCGGACGAUAUUACUAGAAGUUCUUCCUUUAUCUAUAGAAGGUACAAGCGAGGAUCAAAUAGAGUGCCUCCCCGAUGGCGAGAAAGGGCUCCUCGUGCAAACAUCAUUAGAGAGACUGCGUAACCCGCUAGUACGCUAUGUGUGUGGUGAUGUAGCCUCCCUUCAUCCAUUGCCACAGGCUGUUCAGACAAGGUUGAAAGAGGAUGCACACCAUUACAGAGUGGUCCGUAUCUAUGGACGUGACCGACAGAUUAGCUUCGAUUGGUACGGCGAGUAUUUUGAGUUCCAGAACGUCCAGGCUCUUAUGCGAACGGAAACAUGGGGAAUCUUACAAUGGCAGGUUAUACUUCGGAAUAAAACGGAUGACGGAUUGGAAGUACUGUUAGAGAUUCGGCUUCUGCGGGCAAUGCAGAAUGAUGCAGAGAACAUUAGCGAGAAUGAUCUCGUCAGGAAGAUCAGACACUUUUUUAAUGUGUUUGAUUUCAAUGAGGACCUUUUCCAUUUGAAAUUCCUGGAAGACUUUGAUGGGUUUGAACGAAGUACAACCGGCAGGAAGGUUUUGAAUUUUGUGGACUUGACUGGUUAUAGUAAUUGA